AUGGAUGAACGGCUAUUUGGUGGACCAGUUCAAGGGGAUCGCGUCUUCGAACAAUGCGUCAAGUGCUUGGAAGCAAUCCUUUCGGAGGUAACAUCCUGCUUCCCUGGGACCUCGACAAAGUGCGCGUUUGAAGCUUCUGCUGACGAUCCGGUCAUGCGAGUCUAUGUGGAGCCUGAGGAAUGGGAUGAGGAAACACAGGGUGAACGACCAUUGGUAGAGCUAUACGUGUCAGCGACAAGUUAUCUCAAUGGCAAACGAAUCACUGGACCGAUGAACUUUGGGACACAAGAUGAUCAGUGUACGUCGUUUGUUUCCAUACAUCCCACUGUAAUGACACUUUUUCCAGGGGGUAUCCUACUCAACAUUGCAAGAUCGUCGUCCAGUUCGUCAGAGCUACGGGCCUCCAUUAGGAAAGAGCGGGAUGCUUUGGUAGAAAGAAAGGACGACUUUCAUUUUUCGUUGCCACGUGGAAUGGACGCCAAGACGAUGGCACAAAAAUGGGUGGGGAUCGACUACACGCGCAAACCAUCGGUGGACGCAGAUUCCAACGAAGGCAUUGGGUCCAGCCAAGUUGCUCCUUCUACUAGUGAUGAACAGUUGGAACGAUUGGCCCUUAGAUUCAACUCGAAACGACCUCCUUCCAAAUUUGUCACAAACCUCCGGGCAUUGGCGAAACAAGGUCGAGAGUAUCUAGACUCAUUGGAACAGGGAGUUGCAGAAGAGUCGAAUGACCCUUCACUUGGUCCACACCUUGUGAGAACAGGUACUCCUGAGUCAGUCUUAGCUUCGCCAGAUAUUGAGGGCGUCGAACAAUCAAAUGAUAGCAUGGCUCUUGCAUCCACAUUCGAAGACAUAUCUUCUGAAAAGGGGGAGGAGUCAGGGCACUCGUCCACUUUGGAGGCCGAGCACGUUAAACUAAGUGAAGAGGUCGAAAGCCAAGCGGCGGAUAUGGGGGUUCUCCGAGAAAGAAGUAGUGUGCAGGUCAAAAUGGCAGAAGAAUACAGUUCGCCGAAGGGUGCGGCUGAGGGUUCAGCCGACGUUGACCACGGAAAGAUUUCGGUCACGAGUGAUAAUUACUCGCCGCCGACCGAGAAGGAUCCUUUGGGGGAUGUUCAAUCGACCGACACUCUCGACAUUGUUGGAUCCGAAGAUGAUAUACUAGGUCCCACGAACUAUGAUGAUUCCCACCUUUCACUGGCAAGUUCCGAUCAGGCUACGGAGUGUCAAGAGGAGCUCCGUGAUGAAGACCAAGCCUGGCCGAGCCAUUCUAAAGACCAGAACGAGGACAUUUCCGAAAACCAGAACAUGGUUACCAAGGAGAACGCAAAAGACACCCUCUAA